AAGCAGCGAAUGUGGUGUGCGCUAGCGUGCGUUUUCCGUACGCGUAUAUACGUUUCUCGAUGAGGCAGCGCGCCGAGCAGAUCGCGGGCCGCCGGGAUCAGCGAAAAAAUUGUUAUUUACAAAUAAAUUUCAAGUAUGGACUUGUGCACAUGUAAUGCUUCAACUUGAAGUUCAAGGCGAGCCUUCGUAAUCAAGACGUCAAUCAACAGAAAUCAGAAUUGACAGAUCAGUUGAGAAUAGAACCAACCUGAAGCAGUCUUCCUAGAAGAGAGGAUGGCAGGCUUCGGACGCGGAGGGAGAGGAGCAGCUCUCUUGAAGCUCUUGGAGGAGCCGCAAAGGAGACCCGGUCAAAAUGGAGAUAGUACCAAUGGAGACAAGGUUGAAGGUAAACCAGCUAGCAGACCUGAUACUGCACCGGUACCUGGUGCCCCUAAACCCGGUGCCCCUAAACCAGCGUUUGGGAGGGGCCUACAGAUGGCUGCCAUGCAACAACAGAUCAAGAAGGAGGAGCCAAAACCGCCAGGGGGCCAACAAAGUGCGCAACAGCAGGCAGCACCCACAUCGUUUGGGCGUGGGUUCUCAGGCAUGCCUAUCGGACGGGGCUUUACUUCACAGCAGCAGCCGACGGCGCAGAAAUCACCCGCUCGUCAGACCCCUUCACCAGCUCGUCAGUCCCCCUCACCACCAGGGAAAUCCCCCUCGCCGACAGGGAAAUCCCCUUCACCGAGCAUGAUGACGUCAUCCUCAGCUGCGUCUUCGGCAUACCCCUCCCCCGCACCGACACCGACUCCGUCCAUGGGACCCGGUGGGGAUACCCGGGAUAGGUUUGCAAACCUGGAUGAGAAGAUGGGCCAUCUUUCGCUUCAGGGGAAGGAGAUCCAUGGCACAGCUGGGAGAGAGGUUAAGGCUGCGAGUAACUACAUCCGUAUCAAGUGCGUGAACAAAGCGGUGUGGCAAUACGCUGUAUCCUUUGAUCCGCCGAUCGAGAGCAAGAAGAUAAGAUUGCGGAUGGUCUUCGAUCACUCGGAUGUGAUCGGUAAAGUCAGAGCAUUUGAUGGAGCAGUCCUCUUCUUACCUCACAAACUCCCUCAAAAGGUGACAUUGUUUGAAAGUGUUCGGCUUUAUGACCAGGAAACUAUCACCAUCAAGAUUAUUCUGGUCAAGGAAAUCAACCCACAGGAAUGCACACAAAUCUACAACAUCAUCUUCAGAAAGGUGAUGAAAAUACUUCAGAUGAAGCAAGUCGGACGUCAUUUCUAUAAUCCCACCACGCCCUCCAUUGUACCCCAGCACAAACUUGAGAUCUGGCCUGGGUAUAUCACAGCUAUCAGCCAGUACGAGGGAGGUCUCAUGUUACACGCCGAUGUAUCGCACAAGGUCCUAUGUAACGAGUCAGUACUAGAAAGCAUGCAAGCUAUCUACCAGCGCAUUCCAAACAACAUCAGGUUCCGAGAGGAGUGCGUGAGACAGAUCGUUGGGACGGUGGUUCUGACCCGCUAUAACAACAAGACGUACAGGGUAGACGAUAUUGACUGGGACUCCAACCCUCAAACCACCUUCAAAUCACGAGACGAAGAGAUCUCCUUCAUAGAUUACUACAAGAAGAGCUACAGCCUUGAGAUCAGUGACCCAGGCCAGCCACUACUCAUCAGUAGAAUCAAGAAGAAACAGCUCAACAAUCCAGGGACCCCAGUGGAAGAAGAGAUCCGAUUGAUUCCAGAGUUAUCUAGUCGUACAGGACUCACAGAUGAUAUGAGAGCAGACUUCAGAAUCAUGAAGGAUCUAGCCAUGCAUACAAGGGUCACACCUCAGCAGCGACAUCAGUCCAUGCUCAAGUUCAUCAAGAAUGUGUAUGCCAAUGAACAAGCCGCAGAAGAGCUCUCAGGGUGGGGACUGGAGCUGCAACAUGACCUCCUUCAGUUGACAGGGAGACAGCUACCUCUGGAGAACAUCAAGCUCGGUCGUUCAUCGUUCAAGGCGUCGAAAGAAGCUGACUGGGGGCGUGAAUGCACCAGACAACAUGUCAUCACGGCGGUCCCACUGAGAAACUGGGUGGUCGUGUUCACACGGCGUGAUGCUCCCAAAGCAGCUGAGUUCAUACAAAUGAUGAAGCAAGUCUGUCCACAGAUGGGCAUUGAGAUUGAGCAUCCCUCUAUGGUGGAACUACAGGAUGAUAGAACGCAGAGCUACACGAACAUGGUCAAGAAGUCUAUCAACCCUCAGCUUCAACUUGUAAUCGCCAUCUUCCCUACAUCCAGAGAUGAUCGUUACAGUGCCUUCAAGAAACUCUGCUGCAUAGAGGCACCCGUUCCCUCUCAGGUGAUCAAUGGAAGAACCAUCUCACAGAAGCAGAAGCUGAGAAGCGUCACCCAGAAGAUUGCUCUGCAGAUCAACUGCAAACUUGGAGGAGAGCUCUGGGCUCUGGACGUCCCCUUGAGCAAACUGAUGGUGAUUGGUAUCGACGUGUAUCACGAUCCCAACCGAGGCAAGAAGUCCAUCG